GUUCAAAUCAGGGGCAUUUAAGGAAAACAAAAAAUGGGGAUUGGGUAUCAUGUUUGUAUUUCUCCAUCUUUUAUAUUGUUCAAUCAAUCAAUAGUUGCUGAAUCAUUCAUCCAUCCUGUAUUCUGUUCCCUUUAAUUGCAUAAAUAUCAAAUGACUCAUUCUCUAGCUUUAACAUCUACAGCCCUAAUUCGAUAUGGCAUUGGUCCAAAAAUUGGGGCUUUACCUAGGGCAAAUGAGCCAUCAAGAUCAUCAUCGAGAUUGUUCAGAAUUCAAGCUGUGCAAGAUAAUGGAGGAGGUCCUCCUCGGAGGCUAAUUGACAUUAUUCGUAUUGUUCCAGAGAUUUCGAGAAAUUAUUUCAAAAGUCCUUCACGGAGGGCACUUUUUGGAGGUAUAUCAUUGCUGGGUGGAUUUUAUGUGGCGCAGACAAUUUCUCUAUCUUUUGGAGCUUUAGGAGUGAAUGAUGUGAUUGCUGCCGUAGUGUGCGUCUUAAUUACUGAGUAUGUGACGCGAUUCUACUACAGUCGGCUUAAGGUGACUUUUCCGAUUGCUCUUUUGAACAACUUCAAGAUGGGUUUUACGUAUGGUCUGUUCAUCGAUGCCUUCAAACUUGCCAGCUGAAUAAAUUGCAACAAUUUUGCAGCAGCAAUGUUGGAUUUUUACUGGAAGUCAUUGGAUUUGAGUUGCCUAGUGUUAUUGAUUGAGCGGGUAAUCUAAGUUGUUGGAAAAGGACUUUUCAGUCUUUCAGUUUUUUGUUAAACCCACCUUAAACAUUUGGGGGUUAUGUCUCAAUCUCAAUUGUGACCUAUGAGAGUGAAAAAUAUGGAUUGCAUUUGUGCUUUCAAUCUACAGUUCAUUGUGACAACUCCGUUCAACUUGAUAACUAAAAGAGCCUAAGCUACAGUUCAACAUUUUACACUGCUCUUCAUAGACUAUUGAAGCUGAUAUCUCAAUGAUAAUUUAUGGUCACCUGUAUUAUACUUUAGUACACAUCUUAUAUAUUAAAUUUGUUACAUAUACACAGUCAAACUUGAAACAUUCACAAGAGAAAGGCACAAGAAAUAAGAGAAGGCCAAAUCUAAGAUCAAAUGUUUGUUGGCAACUCAAUUGGUGUCACCCAAAUUUGCCAACGCCAAGCAUGAAAGGUGGCACUACCUGUACAAAUUUUAGAUGGCAUCAAACUUGAGUAGGCAGUCAUUGUAGAUAAAAACUCAUAGCGCACACAAAAAUAAACUAAUUGUAAUGGAUACAUGAGUUGUUUACUUCCCUUCAUCAUAAUUUCUAAAUGUUGGUACUAAUGAA